GAUAAAGCCUCCCAGACAAAGAUUAUAAUUACAUAGUAGCACUUCCUUCCUUCGUACAACCCUCAUCUCAAAGCACGCGUUCUCUCUCUCUCCUUGUUUCCUUCGCUUUUUUGCCACCGAAUAUCUCUGUGGGUAGAUUCAAUUCAUUAUGUCCACCUCGUCGGACUAUUCUGAGUUUUCCGGCCAGAAACCGGCCAAGUCGCCGGAGAAAUCGACUUUCUCUCAGACUUGUAGUUUAUUGAGUCAAUACAUAAAGGAGAAGGGUAGCUUCGGAGAUCUCACCCUCGGAAUGACAUGCAACACCGAAGCUAGUGGGUCACCUGAGACAUCUUGUCAAUCUGCUACAACCAUGAACUUGUUUCCUACCAAGGAAAACAACGUGACACCAAAGAACCUGACAGCUAUGGAUUUGCUCUCUCCACAAGCUUCCUUUCGACCAGCUGAAGAGAUUCCAACCUUAAUCAAUUCCAGUGCUAUAAAGUCUGUGAGCAAGGGGUCUAAAGCUGCACAAUUGACAAUCUUUUAUGGUGGACAAGUUAUUGUGUUUGAUGAUUUUCCUGCUGACAAGGCAAACGAGCUUAUGUCCUUUGCUAACAAAGGGAUCUCCCAAAGCCAGAACAAUUCUGUUUACACUUACACACGCAGCCAACCUUCAUUUCCUCCUAAUUUGAUUAGAACUUCUGAGUCAAGUGCUCCAGUUAUUCCCAGUGUGAAGAUUGCUGGGACCAACUCAAUUCGUGAACAUGCUCAAGCUUCAUCCAGUCCUGUUGUUUGUGAUCUGCCAAUUGCUAGAAAAGCUUCUCUUCAUCGGUUCCUUGAGAAGAGAAAGGAUAGAAUUGCUUCCAAAGCGCCAUAUCAAACAACAAAUGGGUCUGCAAAUAAGGCAGCUGAAUCCAUGUCAUGGCUUGUGUUGGGUGCUGCCGCACCUCAAAUCUGAGCGCAGCUACAGUUAUGUGUAAUUUGAAGCAUAUUUUUGUUGUGAAAAAAUGCUAGCCAGUCAGAAUUUUUUUUGCCAGAACAUUUGACUAAAUUUCUGGUUAUUGUUUUUUCCUGAUUAGUUAGCAUAUUUUACUCUUUUGUUUGAUGUUUUAAAAUAUUUUAUGGGCUUCAUGUUAGCCCUUUGUUUGUCAUAGCAACUUCGGCCCUACUGGGCCUUAUCAUAGAUCUAACUAUUUGUUAGUAGCUGCUGCUCUAAUUAUAGUGAUUCAAUAUAUUCAUUGUUACCUUUGAUUAUUUUUCCUUCCUACUUCAUUUUUUUGCGCUCUGCAUCACCCUGCAAAAGCGAAUAAUGUUAAUUGCAAAGAAAAAUGGAACGAAUCUAUAAGGUC